CAUCCCCCUCACCGAAACCGAAAACUUGCAAAACAAUAGGCGGGAUCCAAAUGGUAUGUGGCAAUGUAGCAGCGGGGAGAUGUAAGCACUGACGCGGACCGAUGUGAGUAAAAGAUCUCGUCGGUUGGGCAUACGGCCAUCACACGUCUUAGGAAAGUUUGCUUGAGGCUCGAAAGCGCAAUUGCCAUAUUUGUAAAGGGUUCUGUCCGGAGAGUUUUCCGGGGUUCCAGCAGAAUCUGGGGUUUGCGUCUGUGAUAGGAUUCAGACAUGUGUUUGACGUCGGCUCUCAGGUAUCGUUCUUCGUCCACGAUGGUUACGGAGGGCUUAGUCAGCAGUUGUAUCCUUUUCAAGGUACUUGAUAGCACAUUGCUACCUAGCAUCGAGCCUUGCACAUCGAGCUCAUCAACGUGGAGCGUCAUAGAACUCUGGCUUCAAGAUUGCGUUGACCACGACCAAUGCGGCUCCAGAAACAACAGCGAGUUUAUCCCUACUCGACUCCUAAAGCUCACGGUUCAUGAGUCCGAUUGCUCGUUUCGCGUGGUGUCUAGAAGCGAAGUGGAAGCUGGUUCGCACUACCUGACAUUGAGUCACUGCUGGGGCACGCAAGAAUGGGACGAGAAACUCAUACUUACGCAGUCUAACAAGAGCUCUCUAGAGCAGGAACAAAGUAUUAGUAUCUUACCGAACACAUUCAAAGACGCGUUCGAAGUUCUGAAAAGACUCGGCGAGCGUUAUCUUUGGAUCGAUCGGUUCUGUAUUCAGCAAGAUUCUUUGGACGAUUGGCGCGUUGAAUCUGCUUGUAUGAAGGAGGUGUACAGCAAUUCAUAUUUGAACAUCGCUGCGCUGGGUUCGGAUAACGAUAGCGGUGGCUGCUUCUACAAUCGACACGAUUUCUCGGAUUUGUGCUUGGCCACCGUUCAGGUUUGCUGGAAAAGUCCACAUGAGCCAGUGACGUAUCGACUGCGGUCCACAGAUGCAUCUGUUAUCGCAUCGUGGCGCGGAGAGCCCUUGUUGGAGCGGGCGUGGGUCCUACAAGAACGCUUUCUUUCGCCCAGAGUGUUGUAUUUUGGCAGCCGUCAGGUUUUCUGGGAAUGCCACAGCUUGCAUGCUUCGGAGCUGCAGCCCAGUCUUUCUUUGAGAAAGCACGAGCCGUCCAACCUUGGGAAAACACUCAUCUCCCUCGCGGAUUACCCCGAAACCCCCCAAUCUCAAAAUAACAACAAUGACUUAUUUCGUGGUUGGUACCUUUUGCUAAAGGAGUACACCAAGUUGGAUUUGACGAAUGCAAAUGACAAGCUCGUGGCCGUCUCCGCAAUCGCAAAGCGACUGCAGAACCUCCUGGAGCUGGCUGGUCUCAACUCGGAAUAUCUGGCUGGGAUAUGGAAACAACAGCUUCCGUAUAGUCUACUCUGGUAUCGAGUCUCGGGGCCGGGUCUAACUUUAUCCCACGAAUGUUUAAAAGACACACCCUCGUGGUCUUGGGCCGCCGUCGAUGCGAGGUGCGUGUUCCUAGAUUCUGAAGACAUGCGGUCGAACAGUACAAUACUAGUCUCAUCUCGAGUCACCACUCCACACAACGGCGUUACGACCGUCGACCAAUUCACCAACACCCAAGGAAUCGAAUUGAUACUUUCCGGCACAAAGAUGCCCGCGCGUGUGUAUAGAAAUACGUAUUCCGACGGUGGGUUUUUACGCAUCAGAAGCUUAGGCGAUAUCGACCCUCGAUUCCUGCAAACCAAGUUUCCGCCAACAAAGGUCCAGGAGAGCGUGAUUCAUACCGAUCACCCGGAAGAACACGAAUACAGCGGAGGUGGGAUCGUAGAGCAAGAUGUGUGGUGUCUACCUAUUGUAUAUAGCGUGUAUACGGAUCAAGAACCCGAGAUUCGUCUGUACUGCUUAGUCCUCCGGCCUAUGGAAAAGAGUUAUAAACGGAUCGGCCUUGCGGUGAUUAAUAUUCAGGAAAAGGCAGUUUUACUGGAGGAAAUGAGAAAAAGCCCAGGUGAAGAUAUUCAGAUAAUGUGA